AUGGUCCAACAUCCACUUCCCGAUUCAUUGAUAUCAACGGAUGAGGCGAUGAACUACUGGCAGAAUGUCGCCGCUAGCGUCGACGGCAUGCUCGGCGGUUUUCCCUCCGUGUCGAGGAUCGACUUACAGGGCUCGCGGUCAUUCCUAGCUAAGCUGGGGAUUGGCAAGCCCCGGAUUCCGAGAGCGCUAGAAGGCGGAGCUGGAAUUGGUAGAAUCACUAAAGGCUUGCUGCUCGAUGUCGCUGAGACGGUGGAUAUCAUUGAGCCCGUUGCUAAGUUCACCGCUGUUUUGGUAGAUACCCCCGGUGUAGGCCAGAUUCACAACAUUGGUUUGCAGGAGUGGCGCCCACAAGACUUCAAGUAUGAUUUGAUCUGGACGCAAUGGUGUGCGGGUCAAAUAUCCGAUCUUCUCCUCGUCAAAUACCUCCAGCGCUGCGCUGCUUCAUUGACUGCCGACGGGGUCAUUGUUCUCAAGGAGAACUUGAGUGAUUGUGGGGCUUCAGAGCUAUUUUUCGCAAAGCUGGAUUGA